AUGGCGGAUGAUACGCGGCAGCCUGACACUUCACCUGCUGAUGAAAAGCCUCAGUCAGAUGCCCGUCCUUUCACACGACCGAAGCCCAAGCAUGACUUCCCAAAAACCCAAGCUGGGAAGAUGUGGGAAAUGCUUGGGAAUCCUGCGGAGCCCGCAAAUGCCUUGCCUGGAGGAACGUACAACUCAGCAGGCGGGCUCUCUUCUAUGUUGAUUACCACCAACCUGGCAGUCACUGGAUUUGCACUCUCGGCCUCCGGAAUGUACUACUGGUGCGACCAAAGACGACGCGAGGAAGCUAGAGGCAUGGCAAUGGCUGUUCAGGGCAUGAAGAUGCUUCAUGAGAAAAAAGCCCGGGAGAAGGCGGCUGAGGAAGCUGCGCGGGUAGCCACAGCCGCAGCCGCAGACAUUGAGGAGCAGGAACGGAAACGGAGAGCUCACUGGUACAAAUUCUGGUAA